AUGUGGAGGGUGGCGCGAUCUGCGGCGUCGGGCCUCCGCCAGUCUCGGCGGCGGGCGAUGUCGACGGCGAUUCCCGGACCCUGCAUCGUGCACAAGCGCGGCACGGAUAUUCUCCACGAUCCUUGGUUUAACAAGGAUACAGGCUUCCCUUUGACGGAGAGAGAUCGUCUGGGAUUACGUGGUCUGCUUCCACCACGAGUUAUAUCAUUUGAGCAGCAAUAUGAUCGUUUCAUGGAAUCAUAUAGGUCCCUGGAAAAAAAUACUCAAGGGCAACAGAAUAAAUUUGUAUCCCUUGCAAAAUGGAGAAUUUUGAAUAGACUCCAUGACAGGAAUGAGACAUUAUACUAUCGAGUCCUGAUAGAUAACAUUAAGAACUUUGCCCCCAUAAUAUACACUCCAACAGUUGGAUUGGUGUGCCAAAAUUACUCAGGUUUGUUUAGACGUCCGCGUGGCAUGUAUUUCAGUGCCAAAGAUAAAGGAGAGAUGAUGUCUAUGAUCUACAACUGGCCCGCUCAGCAGGUUGAUAUGAUUGUGCUCACAGAUGGGAGUCGCAUUCUUGGUCUAGGUGACCUUGGAGUUCAGGGAAUAGGUAUUCCUAUUGGGAAACUUGACAUGUAUGUUGCUGCUGCUGGCAUCAACCCACAAAAGGUACUGCCAAUUAUGCUUGAUGUUGGUACCAACAACCAGAAGUUACUUGAAGACCGACUUUAUUUAGGAGUCAGACAACCAAGGCUGGAAGGAGAAGAAUACUUGUCAGUUGUUGAUGAACUCAUGGAAGCUAUUCAUGCACGUUGGCCAAAGGCUAUUGUGCAGUUUGAAGAUUUUCAAAUGAAGUGGGCCUUUGAGACUCUCGAUAGGUACCGUAAAAAGUUUUGCAUGUUCAAUGAUGACAUACAGGGAACGGCUGGUGUUGCAUUGGCUGGACUACUUGGUACUGUUAGGGCACAGGGGAAGCCAUUGACUAAUUUUGCAAACCAAAAGAUAGUCGUGGUUGGGGCUGGAAGCGCGGGACUUGGUGUUCUUAAGAUGGCAUUGCAGGCUGUUUCAAGAAUGAGUGGGCCAAAUGCCGAUCCUCACUUCUUCCUUCUUGAUAAAGAUGGUCUUAUCACGAAAGAGAGAAAAUGUAUUGAUCCUGCAGCUUCUCCAUUUGCUAAAUCGCAAAGUGAGAUUGGAGAACUCGGACUUAGAGAGGGAUCCAGUCUCUUAGAAGUGGUUAAGAAAGUCAAGCCACAUGUGCUUCUUGGUUUAUCUGGAGUUGGCGGUGUCUUUAAUGAGGAGGUCCUAAAGGCUAUGCGAGAUUCAGACUCCAUUAAACCUGCUAUUUUCGCAAUGUCAAAUCCUACAACAAAUGCCGAAUGCACUGCUGCAGAGGCUUUCAAGCAUGCCGGUGAAAAUGUUGUUUUUGCAAGUGGGAGCCCUUUUGACAAUGUUGAUCUUGGGAAUGGCAAAGUAGGUUAUGUCAACCAAGCCAAUAACAUGUACCUCUUUCCAGGAAUUGGCUUGGGAAGUCUUCUCGCUGGUGCUCGUAUUAUUACUGAUGAAAUGCUGCAAGCAGCUGCCGAGUGCCUUGCUUCAUAUAUGACGGAUGAAGAAAUUCAAAGAGGUGUGCUCUAUCCAUCUAUAGACAGUAUACGAGAUAUCACAGCAGAGGUCGGUGCCUGUGUUUUGAGGGCAGCAGUUGCAGAAGAAGUGGCUGAAGGACACGGAGAAGUGGGCCCCAGAGAACUAUCACACAUGUCAAAGGAUGAAACCAUCAGAUAUGUGAAACAGAACAUGUGGUAUCCUGUUUACAGCCCUCUCGUUCAAGAAAAGUAA